AUUUGACAUUGGAUUUUUCGGCGUGUUGUUUGCUUGGAAGGUGUCGGUUUUUACAAUUUCGCAUUUUUCUCUGAUUGAUCAUUGAAUCGUUAUUCCACAAUUUUAGUGAAGUUAAAAUUGUGAUUAUCAUAUUCUGCAAGCAGUAGAUACUAAACACUGUGAAAAUGGCUGAAGCUCAGAAAAGGGGCGCUUCGGUGUUCGAGGACCUCUCGAAUGUAGAAUUCGAGACCAGCGAGAACUUAGAUGUAAUCGAAAAGUUCAAAGAUAUGAAGCUGAAGGAGGAACUGCUUCGCGGCAUCUUCGCAUAUGGUUUCGAGAAGCCUUCGGCUAUUCAGCAAAGAGCUAUUAUUCCCGUGAUGAAAGGCCGAGAUGUUAUAGCCCAAGCACAGUCGGGUACCGGUAAAACCGCUACAUUUUCCAUAGCUAUUCUUCAAGCUCUGGAUUUAACGAUGAGAGAAACACAAGUGCUGUGUUUAUCCCCGACGAGAGAAUUGGCUGUACAAAUUCAGAAAGUUAUAUUAGCUCUAGGUGAUUUCAUGAAUGUUCAAUGUCACGCUUGUAUCGGGGGUACAAAUCUUGGAGAAGACAUCAGGAAGUUAGAUUACGGACAACACGUUGUUAGUGGUACACCUGGAAGGGUUUACGAUAUGAUUCGUAGAAGAGCUUUGAGAACUAGAUCCGUGAAAAUGCUAGUAUUAGAUGAAGCCGACGAAAUGCUAAACAAAGGCUUCAAAGAACAAAUCUACGAUGUGUACAGAUUUCUUCCCCCAUCCACUCAAGUGGUGUUAAUAUCUGCUACAUUACCCCACGAAAUCCUGGAAAUAACAUCCAAAUUUAUGACCGAUCCCAUCAGGAUUUUAGUCAAACGUGAUGAACUGACGCUGGAGGGAAUCAAACAGUUUUUCGUCGCCGUGGAGAGGGAAGAAUGGAAAUUCGACACUCUAUGUGACCUGUACGACACCUUAACCAUCACGCAAGCCGUAAUUUUCUGCAACACCAAAAGAAAGGUCGAUUGGUUGACCGAAAAGAUGCGAGAAAACAACUUCACCGUGAGCUCAAUGCACGGAGACAUGCCUCAGAAAGAGCGCGACAACAUUAUGAAGGAAUUCCGGUCGGGCCAAAGCAGAGUUUUAAUCACUACCGACGUUUGGGCCAGAGGUAUCGACGUGCAACAAGUAUCGUUGGUUAUCAAUUACGAUUUGCCCAACAAUCGUGAAUUGUAUAUUCAUCGAAUCGGUCGAUCCGGUCGGUUCGGCAGGAAGGGUGUCGCUAUCAAUUUCGUUAAAUCCGACGACAUUAGGAUUCUGAGAGAUAUCGAACAAUAUUAUUCCACGCAGAUCGAUGAGAUGCCUAUGAAUGUAGCUGAUUUAAUUUAAUACUUUUUUAACUGGAUUUGUUGACAGUAAUCUAACAUUAAUUUAUUUUAAGUAUUUUGACAUUACUGUUGUACGAUUUUAGGUGUAAUUUAACAUUUUGUAGUAUUGUACGUUGGUAAAUGUACGGAUGAAUGAAAAUGCUUAAUAUCUCAAUAUCUGAUGUAAAGUAACAAAAAUGAAACAUUAAAUUAGAAUUAAAUAAAGUAGUUUGUAUAUUUAUCUAUAAAAAUCAAAUGUACAUAGUCCUUAAAUUAAUAAAUUACACUAAAAAUCAGGAGGUGGGACGUUUGGUGCGGGUUUUCUCCUUUUAUUCGCCAACAAAGGCACUGCCGAUUGGUUUUCCACGUCGCUUUUCCUUCGGCUUCGCCUUCGAUGAUAUCGCCUAUUCAUGCUGUCACUUGAUUUAGUCUCAUUCGAAUCGGAUUUUCCGGCUCUCCACAACAAUAUCAGAGCGAUUAUCACGACAAUCAAACCGAAACCGACGCCCACGUAUAUCUUAAAUUGCUUCGUGUUCGAGUACUAAAAACAUUUUAUAAUUAGUGAUUUAAUUUUUGAAUUCUGUAUUAUAGUUGUCAAAACUGUCAUUAACAUAAUUGCUGACGUCAUUAAAAGUAGAAUCGGAUAUGCGCUGUUUAGAUACAAAUAAGUGCAAAUUGUAACUUUCUCACUAUACCCACUGGUUUUUAAUAUUUCUUUGUUCA